UAGCCGCCGGAGUCUCCUUCGGAGUAUUUAUUUAUUUUUCUAUAAAUUAAUUUUUUUUAGGAAUAAUAAUCGGGACAAAAAGCCCAUUCUACAUUUUUACUAAUAUUUAAAAUUUAAAUAGGAAAACACGUGGAUAUAAUCCCAGAAAAAACAGUUACGAUAGUAACUAACUAUCUAAGUAGGCGUUUGACUCAUUCUUCGUUCUGUUAAACCUAGUGAGUCUUUUAAACCUCUCAUCCUCUAAAAGCAGUUUCAGAAUUCAAAGACCUCACUCAGACUCAGAGUCUUCUUCAUUGCAGCGUCUUUCAAUCUCAUUCCAAUCAUCAUGGACCUUCGACUUUCUCACUCUGAUAAUGAGCAAAUCAGUUCCGAUGACGACGAUUGCGGUGCUUUUGAAUUGGAAGUUCGAAAUCGCAUCCAAGCUUUCAUUCAUACUGCUGAGAAGGAAGCAUACACUUCUGUCUUGCGUGCUUUCGCAUAUCAAUCCCAACGUUUCAAUAAGGGUAAGCAAUUUUUGUUAAAUGCUCUUAUGAAAGAAUUGAUGAUUACAAAUGAUGAAUACAGAGAGAUUAUUAUUGAGGUUAUUAAUGAUACAACGGUUCGCCGUGUAAGCGAGUGGAGAGAUUCUGUCAAUUAUCAACCUCAAGAUUCUGUCAAUUGUCAACGUCAAGAUUCACCCUCUCCGCCACUUUCAGCUUCCCCAGAGAUGCAAAACAACACAUCUGAUCAGUCGGAUGAACCAUUGCCCAGUUUGUCUCCAGUGAAGUCUGUGCAGCCUCCUUCUGUUGAACCUGCUAAAGGGGAAGUGUCUUUAGAUGUAUUGAUUGGGAAGAAAGUUUGUGUUCAAUGUCCUGAACGUGAUUACAAAUUUUAUGAUGCUGACAUUAUUGAUUAUGACCCUGUCAAGGGCCUGCAUAAAGUGGUUUACGAUGCUAAUCAAGCAACCGAGUAUCACGAAUGGAUUGAUCUUAGGAAGGUCUUUCCUGAGGAUAUAGAAUGGGAACAUAUUAAUGAUAUAUGCAUAUCUCAUAGACAAGAGCAAAAUGGGAAAUGAUGAUAGUUCUAUGAAUGGGCAAUAAACGGAUGAAGAAUGAUUGAGUGCACAGAACUACCCGCUUGGGAAUGGAAACCAUCUUUAGUUCUUCGAAUGAGUCCAAUUGUGGAUAAAUACUGAUCUUAGACAAGUUAUGUUAGUUUAGUUUAGUUAGUUUAGUGUGCACUUACUUUGAUCAGUUUUUCUUUAAGCAUUUUGUACACGCUAGAUAACAACUACUCUUAAUAAUUUUUUGCUUCAACCAUUAA